AUGGCUAUCCCGUUCGAAGCCCUUCUCCCGUAUGCCAUUAUGGUUGGCGUAAGUAAUACUCCUUAAUGGACACUUGUCGGGUUUGAAUCAUCGCGGAACUCACUGACGUAACUGGGCUUUCUAGAUGUUUGGCGUGUCAGGCGUCGUGAGUUACAAUGCCCUCGAGUCUCGCUCAAUAAGAGACGUGCAUCUAGAGUGGUAUUGACAAUAAUUAUCACCAUAAAAGGGUCUUGUUGUCGUCAAAAGACUUAAGAACGAGGGAAAAAACCCGAGAUAUAAUUUGGAUGUUUGGGAUCGGGUAAGGGACCUAUGGGCCUCCCAUGACAUAUCUUAAUGCAUUACUGAUGAUAUGCUUGUUUUGCCUACAGCAAAGUACCACCUCGCUCGGCUCGGUAGUCAAUCAUAACACCUAAUAUCCGUACUGACGUGGGACUGUUUGGAAUAGUGAUGGAUCGAGACCGACGUCUAACUGGCUUAUUACGAGGACAAACCGACAACCCAGUUGCUCCUCCAGAAUUCGCUGUCAACUCUGAGUGGAAGGUA